AUGGCCGAUUUCCAGACCUCGACUCACCGAGCCAAGUGGAUCUUUACGCCUGAAGAACUGGUCGGUAAAUACAAGGCUGCUAAUCAAAGAGCAAUACAAACAUUGGAGAAGUAUGGAGCAACACUAAUGGAAGUAGAUGUUGAUGGCACAAUAUCAUACCCUGAACCUCAAGUUAUUGCAAAAGAUAAUGCUGACAAGCAUUCUCGUCCAAAACCCAUUAGCAUUGAAGAGGAGCAGUUUAUGCGAGUAUUUUAUGAAAAUAAACUUCAAGAAGUGUGCAAAAACUUUCACUUCCCUCAUAAAGUUCAGGCAACAGCUCUUAUAUAUUUCAAAAGGUUUUAUCUACAAUGGUCGGUGAUGCAACAUCAUCCAAAAAAUAUAAUGUUAACCUGUAUAUAUGCGGCGUGUAAAAUAGAAGAAAACCAUGUAUCAGCAGAGGAGCUUGGUAAGGGGAUCUCACAGGAUCAUCAAAUGAUACUCAAUAAUGAGAUGAUAGUUUAUCAGAGUUUGGAAUUUGAUCUUAUUGUUUAUGCACCAUAUCGCUCAAUUGAAGGUUUUAUUGAUGAUAUGGAGGAAUUCUGUGGAAUAAACGAUGAUCGACUCCAAAUUCUGCAGAAUUUGCUUCAUGCUGCAAAGAUGGAAGUGGAUAAAAUCAUGCUCACGGAUGCACCACUUCUAUUCCCUCCUGGGCAGUUGGCAUUGGCUGCUUUGCGUGGCGCAAAUCAGGUGCACAAAGUUGUUGACUUUGAGAGAUACCUGAGGAGCAUUCUCUCUCGUCAGAGUUCUGAACAUACCGUUUCAGAGCUAAUUGAAUUCCUUAAUGCAAUAGAUUCUUGGGCAAGAAAAUACAAGUUUCCUUCAGACAAGGAUCUCAAGCACAUCAACCGAAAACUGAAAUCUUGUUGGGGUCUUAGUUCACAUGACGAGUAUGCUAUUCCUUAUCUAGAAAUAGUCACAUUUAAUCUGGUGCCCUUUUGUUUUGUAUUAAUGCCAAACUUUGACUGGUUUUCAGAAGUAAGAAGCGGGAUAGAAAUCGAAGCACAAGUCGAAGAGGAGCUCAAACGAAGUGCAACCUGUACCUUCUCAUACUGA